AUUUGUCAAUACACACAAAAUCCUUGUUUGUAGUAAAUUAUCACGUAUUCAGUAAGAAUGUUAAAAUCGGAAGUACACAAGCUAGACACCUUUUUAUAUUUUUCAUAUGGAGCAAAUUUACUUACAUUUAGAAUUCAGAUGCACAAUCCAUCGGCGGCAUUCGUCUCCAUAGCACGUCUAGAUAACUAUAGGUUGGAUUUUAUUAGAUACUCCAAGUUUUGGGGAGGCCCUAACGUUACAUUAGUUCCCACUGCGAAUGCUCAUGUUUGGGGAGUAAUAUGGCGUCUACACAAAGAUGAUAUGGCAUCUCUCGAUAAUCAGAUCGGAGUGGACAGAAUAAAAUACUACAUACAGUAUUUAGAUGUGCUAACUCCAUACAUGGGGUUGUUCAAAUGUCGAGUUUACAUACAAAAAAUAAAUCCAUUACCUAGGGCUGACAACGACGUGGUUCCUAUGGAGAGAUGGCCUUCGGCUACCUACAAAAGAAUCAUGAUACUUGGCGCUAUAGAACAUGACAUACCCGAAUAUUAUAUAGAGUAUGUAAAGAAAUUAAAACAUAAUGGAGAAGAUGGUUGUCUAACAAUGGUGUGCCUGUUGAAUAGAUAUGCCGUGGAUACACCGUGCGAAUGCAGGGUACCAGGCCGUAUAUCGAGAAAGACCUUUAAGCUUGAUCUAAAAAAGAUCCGAGAAAAAGAAAAAAUAUCGGGAAAGUAAAUUUGGCUUUCACUACAGCGAAAUAAAAUGUACUCGCUUAAAAAAUCGAUUUUAUUUUGAGAAAUGUAUAGGCUUCGUUUUUAACUUUAUAAAAUAUAUUCAAACAGGGAGUAUAUUAGGAUACAUUUUGAUAUUCAAAACUAUACUUCGCUAAUUUUUGUAACUUUUUUAUUAAUGUAAAUAUUAAAAUUAUUAUUAAUAGGUACUCGGUUCUCAUUAAAUUAAAUAUAAAAAUUGUACACUAUAUCAAUCGUUUGGUGAAAUUGUAUCUAAAUUGAGCAUAAAGCACAACGCUACCCCGACACUUUACAUAAACACGCACACAAAUCACACGAGGAACACAUCAUUUGGAAAUUAUUUUAUCAGUCAACAAUUUACGAAUAAUAAGUAUAAUUACUAAAAAAUGAGGUAAUAUAACUGCCUUACUAGGUGGAAAUCACAAUAAAAAUUAAAUACUGAUAAAAAUAAGAGCGUAAAUAAAAAAAAAGAUAAUCAGUAAAGCUCGCAGGGAACGCCGUGUGAGGCAACGUUGUGCGACACCUCGCCGCACCCACUCCAAUCGGCCCGCACGCACUCACUCUCGCCCACACACAUACAGUCUGAAACCAUAGGGCUGACGGUGAGUUGGUGCGCGUCGUUGGAGCAUCUCAGGUCAUUGGUUAUUACAGAAACUGUGCCGAUUCCGGCCCAGAGCAAGAGAAAAGUCAUGUAUACUACUCCACUACGUAUUGUGUAAAGUGAGGCAUUUUUUAAUAAACAUGUGUAUCAAGUGGAGUAACAAAACGGUUUUAAAGACAAUCUAAUAUUUAAAUAAUAAAUAUAAUAUUUUCUAUUUUAUUUUUAACAACUUAAUUUUAUAGAAAUAUUUCGUUUGUCAUUUGUAGAAUGGUUUUGUAACUCCAAUUUGACUGUAAUGAGCGUGGUCUCUGUUGGUUUUGUUUUGCUCUGGGCUCCGGAUGUGGGUUGCGGCGGGGGCGUCAGAUGGCGGCGACACGUGUCCGUGCCGCACAACACUCCAGCGCAGUGACCCGGUACAUCCCUGACUACACUGGACUAUUUGCGAUACGUACUAUAACGUAAGGUGGAACAAUAAUAUGGCUCUAAUAUUUAACAUUACACUUAAUGGUACUUACGUUUCAAAAAUUGAGCAAAAGGCACUAUGCAAUUUCUAAAAUUAAACAAUUACAUUUGGACUUUGUAAAUCAAUUUGAAAUCGAAUGUUUCAUUUUAUAAUUUUAUUUAUAAAAAAAUGAUAUCAAUGCAACGUGCCUUGAGCCCCUCACCGACGACACAAUACUGUGCUCCAUUCACACCGGCCGUCGCCGGCGUACGUCACAAGCGUGGUUCGUGUCGUACGCGGGCGGCGGUCCCGACCUCCACGUACAUCGGCCGUACUAUAACUACUACCCUCGCCUACCACACAGCUCACGCUUAGCUAGCCCCGUUGAAUUACAUUCUUUCUAUGGCACGGUUCUUGCUUGUGUUCUGAUUGAUGUAAAGCUUUCUGUUACGAUAUAAGCAAAAAACAACACAAAAGGAACCGUACUAUUCGUAUACCGCCAGUGCAUACACAAUAUUGUAUGUAUCGUGUCUAUCUCACACAAUCAACAAUCCUGCAUUCUGCUGAAGGCUGGAUGUCUGAAGGCACUCGUUAAUACCCUUAAACCACAUUAUCGUUAUAGUUAUUAUAACACAUUGGACACCAGAUCACGGUCACGCCCGGCGUCCAACGUCCAGGAUUGUUGUAUAUUGGAGUUUAACUUUGGUUGCUUUCAUUUAAGACUCAAUUAGUCAGUUCGUUACAGUAACAUAAUUUAUGUAGCUAGCGUAUAUUUUAGAUUACAAUAUGUAUUGAGACAGCUAUAAGUCGAUGACUAUAAUAUAUAUAGUAAUUAAUUUAUAUACAAUAUUAUUUAGGACAUUGAAUUUUUAUUUAUAUUCCACCAGCGACCAUGUUCUAGUUCUUGAAUAUAACAAUAAUUAUUAUAAAAUAUAUUGUAAGGCCAUUCGCGCGUUACGCAUCAUUUGCAGCAAUAAGUAGAAAUAGUAGAACAUUUCACUAAAUAUACAGAACGUCAAAUAUAUUACUAGUAGGUAGCUAGCUGCCCAGCGGCGCGAGCGUAUCGUGCGAGCUGACCGGCGCCACGGACACAACUCAAUUUCACUAAUUACGGAGAUUAUCGCACUCAUUAUAUUCAAAUAUAUAAAUAUAAAUUACGAUUUUUCAUUAAAUAACAUAUGGAAUUAUUAUUAUACAGAUAUAAAUGUCUCACGAACUCGAGAUGAUCAUUAGACUAAUAAAUAUACUAACGCAUUCUAGUUACUCGGUUCGUAAUGAUAUUUCAAUUGUUUAGUCCAGUACAGUUAGUGUAACUUGAUAUUACAAAAGUAGAUUUAUUAUAUUAAAUAAUAAUAGUUGGUUAAUAAUAAUAAUAUAUAACUAUAUAACAAUAAUGGCAGGUUUAUUCUAUUGCAUUAUAAUUGAUGCGGAUUACAUUGAUAAAAUGGUAUGUGCAUACAUAAUUGUUAAUUGUUUGUGUAUACAUGCAAUAACGCCGAUUACAAAGUUACACGAAAACGGAAGGCAUUUUAUACAUGUUUAUAUUUGCAACUAUUUACAAAUAAAUAUUAAAUACUCAGUCGGUAGAUGGAACUUUAAAUUAUUGUUAUUUUACAAGGUUUGCAAAUCUUUGGUGCUGCUAAAUCCGAUCAAAUUAUUUAUUCGUCAAUAUACUAAGCCAUUAAUUAGGUAGGUCAGUAUGAAAUUGUUAAAAAUUUAAAUAAUUUGUUUAAUACAGACAUGACACGUUUUCUAUAAAAAAUGGUCAGUCUUUGUCGAGGAAAUAAAAAGAUAUUUCGCAUUACGAUAAAAAAUCUAUACAAAAUUUCAGAAUAGAAAUAAUUAUUUUAAAUUGUAUUACAUAUACAAUUAAUAUUGUAUUUUGCUAAUAACACUAAUACCAUUUUUGUAAUGUCAAUAAAAAUAUGUAAUAAGAAUUAGCUAUUUAAUAAAAAAAUAUUGUCAAGCUAUAACCACUGAUAUUGAUUUAGUAAAAACUAUACCGCAACGACCGGACCGAUAAAUAAGAAUUUACUAUAAAUUCACGAUCAUUAUUUAUUUGUCUAUACAAUAGAUUGUUAAUAAAAUAAAACUGUACCAUUGUAAUAUUAUUAGAAUUUGAAUUGUUGUAAAUUACUAUUGACUGUAAGUACACAGAACCUAAAUUAAAAGAAUUAGCAUCUGUAUUGUUAUAAAUAACUACAACAAUCUGUUAAUGUGCUAACAUUAAUUACAUGAGAUUAUAGAAAAGAAAGACAAAGAACAGAAGAUGCGUAUUGUAAUGAAGUAAGAUACAGAAUAUUUAUUAUUCAAUUGGUUUUUUAUUUUUCACAGCCACAACAACAAUCCGACCUAUGUAUUGCAUCAAAAGGAUGCACAUUUAUUCGUUGCCGUUCUUGUAGGGCCGCCUAUCUGGGCAAUGACUAUCAAAUGUAAUUUUAAAGCCCGUUACACAACAGCAUUUUCUAGAUUAUUAUAAAAACUAAAGGAUUUAAUUUUUUCCAUACUGACUGACCCUUCAUUAUGGUGCACUGUAUAAUUUAAAAAGUAUAUAAACGAUAAGAAAAAAGGAAAUCAAUAAUAUUGAGUAUUAUUUAACAGUUGCACAAAUUGCAAUCGAAUCAAAAUUGAACAGCACAAGUGACAAAUUCAUGGAUCGCGAUGCACUUUCAACAAAAAGUGCUCAUAUAACAACAAUUAUAACUUAACAAUAUCGACAAAUUUGACACUCGCUGGUAUUCUCCAUAAACAAUUCGAAACGGGAGUUAACUAGUUAAACGUGAAGAAAUUAAUAAAAUUAAUUUGUACACGAUCUAGCUUAUGCGAUAACAUACUUAUACACACUUUACAUCUUAAACCGUAAACUUAAAUAUUAAUAGGCUAUGUCAAAAAUGACACCGAUACAACUAUUUUAUUGAGGUAAACUAUAUAGGAUUCGCGUCGAAAUAUAUCGACUCUCGAUAUCGCCUCGGCAAAAAUAUUUACUCAUCGCUCGAUAUGAAGACGACCGUCGUCGGGCGAGACGAUGCGGGUCCACUCCCCGUCGGGACGUCAAUAGAUUGACUCCCGAAAGAGCGCGAACCGGGCGUCGUAACGUACAAAGUAAAUGCGGAGAACGCCGCGGGUUCUCCCUACGAGUAAAUUUACACUAAAAUCGAAAACGAUCGACCCGUGCGAGGCGCGACGUCGGUACAUACGAAAUAAAUAAAAACAACGCGACGAGCGACGCUCGCGUCGAAUAAUUUACUAGCUACGCUUACGUCUAGGAUUCGAAGAGCCGACCGCCCGGGCGGCCGACCUGAGGUAGAUAGAGCGGGCCGGCGCCGCCGCCGCCCUCCGACCGCUCCCUGCGCACUGACAACGCAAACUCUGAACACAUAUUCAAAGUUCAAAUAUCUGCCGCCACACUACUCGAAGCCUAAUGAUACGGAUCGGUGAGUCAGUAGUAACUUUCGCGACACUACUGGGCAGUACCGGAGGUUUACAUGUGACACUGUAACUAAAAUUAACUAGUUUCAUCGCGUAAAUUAUACUUCAGUCUGCUGCGUCUCAUUAGGCACACGACAUCUAAUCGCAAGUUCGACACUUCACUCGGCGGCGGUAACGAAACGAACCGAUCGCGUCACAAAGUAUCCGCCGGCGAGUGACGCGUCUGGGGGUGGGGCCGGCGUGGGGGCGUCAGUCGCGCG